AUGGCUCAAAUAGCAAACAUAGAAGUCCAAGCCGAGAUCAAAGCCAGUGCUGACAAGUUCUACGAAAUCUUUCGUAGCAAGGGGUACCUUUUGCCCAAGAUCUGCCCUAAUAUUAUAAAGGAUCUACAGGUGCUUAAAGGUGACGGGAGCUCUGUGGGCUCAAUCAAGCAAUGGACGUACAUUGCUGCAGGCAAUUUUUCUGAGGUUUCGAAAGAGACAAUUGAAUCCAUAGAUGAGAAAAACAAAUCAAUUGCUUUCCGAACAGUGGAAGGAGAGAUCACGAAACACUACAAGAGUUUCAAGGCGACAGUUCAAGUUACACCAAGGGGUGAUGGAUACAGCCGCAGCAGUAGCUCAUCAGUGAAAUGGAACAUAGAAUACGAGAAGCAGAAUGAGGCUGUUCCAGCUCCUAAUAAGUAUCUAGACUUUGUGAUCAUUCUCACUAACAAUGUUGAUGCUUACCUUCUCAAUAAUGCGUAA